GAAGCUGGGAGCGUGAGAUGAGAUCUCUCCCGAGACUGGAGAUGCAGUCGAGACACACGACACCGGCUGACCAGAUAACAUGCUGUGGCAACGCAGCAGGCAACCAGGGUGAAUAGCAUCUCGUGUGUUUGUGGUGUCGCACAAGACAAGACGCACAAGAAGUUCAAUUAACUUGGACUUGAGAGGUAUUUACGAGGAUGGACGCCCGCAGCCAUGUCUGACCUGAGGUCAGCGUCGCGGUCAGUGCGCGAGAAGCCCGAGCUGCCGCCGGAUGAGCCCGAGGCGCCGCUCAGGCACCACCGCCGCUCCAAGGGCGCCCGCCUCAGGGAACUCACUGACAGGCUGAGGCACAACUCGGUCGACGAGCCAGACCCGCCCCCGCCACUGGUCCUGCAGCCGCCCCUGCCGCUGCCCCUGCUGCUGCCCCCGACCCCAGCCAACCUGCUCGCCGACGCCGCCAAUGACUCUGCCGCUGCGACUACAGAAACUUUGACCGAGUGUUCAAGUUUGCUGCAACUGCAGAACCUAGACUCGCUGUCCGAGGGAGAGGCGGACAGCAGUAGUAGCGUUUCCUACUUUUCCCGCCGUUACAACAAGCGGCCGCUGCGGGGCCCGUACGGCCAGAUCCUGGAGGCCGAGAUGAAACGCGUUUCCCCGGCCGCCAGCAAAGUGAUGGACAGUGACCUCGGCUUCCUGCAGAGCCCCUCGGAGACGGCCCAGGCGGCCAGUCCACCGUGCCAGACGAUCACGGCGUUCGAACUCGGCGCCAGCAGCUCGUCCGUCGCGUCCUCGUCGGUCAUCAGCAACCUCGAGGGCCAUGUGCACCAGCGGGCUGCUUCCAGUCCGUGCCAAAUGGUCGGCCUUGAGGAGCAAGUCAACGUCAGGGAUACAAGGACACACGUUGUCUACGAACUGUAUGAAACCGAAAAGUAUUACGUGGAUGCGUUACGCACUUUAGUCAUGAGUUACAUGGUGCCUCUCAAAGAGUCUGAAAACUUGAUAGAAUCUCACAUAGUAGACGAAAUAUUUUUUCAAAUACCAAGCAUAUUGCACUAUCACGAAAUCCUGCUGGAAGAUCUGCAAAAGAAACUGGACAACUGGGACUGGAGGCAGAGAAUCGGCGACACCUUUUUGGACUUUUCUCAAAAGCAAGUGGUGGAGUGCUACACCGAGUUCAUCAACAACUGGCAGCGGGCGAAAUCAUUAGUCAAGUCGGCCUGUCAAACGAAGCCUGCAUUUAGCAACUUCCUCGAGGCCGUGUCUCGAGAGCACCGCGGCAAGCUGACGUUCGACGCGUUGCUCAUCAUGCCGGUGCAGCGGAUCCCUCGCUACGAGCUUCUGAUCCAGGCUCUGCUGAAGCACACAAGUAGUUCGCACCCUGAUUACUCGUACCUAGUCUCUGCACAAAGAGCCAUUCAUGCACUCGCCGUCACCAUAAAUUGCAAGGGGCGGGCGUCUUGCACGGAGGAUAACGAGAGUAAAUUGAGCGUGAAAGAGGUAGAGAGCUUUCUCGAUGGAUGUGAUAUUUUCCCUGCACCCGACAGAACGUUCAUUAGGCAUGACUUGGUCACUGUCAAAGUAGGAGAAAGUGCGAAAGAAAGAAUGGUGUUUCUCUUUUCCGACUUGAUGGUGAUUGCCGGGGUCAAGAAACGCGGGCCAGUCCGCAAAACCUCUUCGAAUAGCUUGACCAGCACAUCCAGCAUUUUAGAGUAUAACAAGUUCAAAACUUUGAUGAAGAUUCCUCUUAGUGAUGUAGACUUUGCAAAAGCUCAAGAUGAAAGUGUCAAACUUCUGAUGCACGAAAUAACUGAAAUCAAAGAGGACAGUGACACUGUGAGCAGAAUCAUAGAUCUCGCCAGCCGCCUUCAUUGCAGUAGCCCGCGGCUGGAAGAAGUUUUGCAUGAAAUGCAGAUAAAUCUGUCGAAAAAGCUGUUCGACAAGCAACUCGAGGAAAAUGGCUUCCACUGCCUUACCAUCAACGUGGCAUCUCAGUUGGAAACCCUCACCCUGAUGUUUGACACGCCAGAACAGAGAGAAACGUGGGAGAGCGCAGUGACGGAAGCGAAGCAAAAGCUGGGCCCUCUAGAUCAAAAAUUUUCGCCGCAAUUUCUCUACCCUGUGACGAUCAGGAAAACGAGGUCAGGCCUGCAGUUCACAUGUGCAGCAGCGACUGCCGAGCCGAUCCAUAACGAAAGAGACAUCUGGAUUUGCAACAGUGACGGCUACGUUGGGCAAAUUUGCAUUUUACAACUGGGAGAGGAGCCCAAGAUUCUGUCGACCAAUGAAAUUUGCGAAUCGCGCAUUCUGUGCAUCACGGCAGCUACUGCUUAUUCGGAGAGUUCUGUAGUCACUUUCGACGACCACUUUGAAGGUUACCACGACUUGUCAGACUCGAAUUUUGGUGAAAAUUUUGCCGACAUGCACGAGUCAACCAUGUGGCUCGGAACCGAGGACGGAAACAUUUUGGUUUACAGCAGCAAAAACGUCUGGCAGUGCAAGAUGAAAACCAACCACGGCUUCACCGUUUAUUCCAUACUGUACCUCGACAACAGAAUUUACGCCUCCCUGGCGAACGGAAGCAUUGUAAUAUACAGCAGAAACUCGAGCACUGGAUGGGAUUUAUCCGAUCCGUUGUUCAUCACAGUGAGCAGUCCGAACGUGCCAGUUACCAAAAUGGUCCAAGUCGGGAAUGGGGCCUUCAUCUGGUGCGCUUGCCACAACCUCAUCUGCAUCCUCAACACCAAAAUGCUUCUUGUGGAGAACACGCUGUGCCUGGGCUUCAAAAACGACAAGUCGAUUAACUGUAUCUCGUGCGCGGGCAACACAGUGUGGAUUUCCCUACAAAACUCCUCAAUUGUAAGACUGUAUAAUGGACUGAGCCUGGAGUUGCUUUGCGAAAUCAACGUUGCCCAGAACGUCACAGCCAUGCUGAAAACAGGUUGCGAUGACAUAAUUCGGCAACACAAGGCUGCCUGCCUGCGAGUGACCGCCCUGGUGGCGCAUCAGGACUUUCUCUGGGUUGGAACCAGCGCCGGGGUCAUUUUGAAAAUCAGGACGCCCCCUGUUAAUUCGUCGACGAAAUUGAGCAAAGCCCCUUGCGUCAAAGGUAUAAGUAGAGGUCAUACUGGCCACGUGCGUUUUCUCACGACGGUCGAGAUGGAGUAUGCACCUGAUAAAUCUAGUCAUGGAACAAUGAAACGUGCAGUUUUGGUGAUAUCUGGCGGUGAUGGCUACGAGGAUUUUCGCUGUUCAAAUGUGUCCGAGCUAGCCGGCAGAGAGGAUUCCACGAACCACCUUUUGGUGUGGCGGCUGUAAAAUUGUAUUCGCGGAAAAUGUGGAUGGUUUAAUCAGUUGCUGAACUAAUUUUGCUGUGACCUGGUUCGAGAAAACUUAAAAAAAAAGAAGAGAGGAUGUCUAAUCUGCGAAUAGAACUGUGUAAAUGCUUGUUAUCUCUUUGUACUGUUAUUUUUUAUAAAAAUUUACUGCCUCCCAACCCCCUAAACUGAAUAUAUAUUACACAUAUAUUGCUCAAUUGGCAUAUUUUAAAUUUAUCAGCUUGAAACAUUAACUCGGACACCGCCGCUGCUAAUUAUUAUUGCUUUUAUUCCAAGUAAUAAAAUGCAAAAAAUAAA